AUGGAAUGUCACGCUCCUGGGACAAUUGCGAGGUACAGAAAUCUGGAAGUUUCCACGGCAGCUCUCACCACCACCCUUUCCUUCUUCCCAGCCCAUCUUCCAUCUUCAUCAACAACUCACUUCCCUCUCAUUGAUCCCUCUCCCUCUCGUCUCACUGGCCUCUCUACUCUAGGCGUUUUCAAGUCUGACAAAGACACGGACAUUCUCUCCGAACUCCCAGACCUCCUCCAUAUUAACAGAAAGCAAUGGCGAUACACCCCCGACGAACUAGUGCUACAAAGCGAGAAGCUUCCUCCGCCGGAGUCGCCCGAGUACGCCGCACUUCUGAAACAAGAAGUGAUACCAUACGUUCGCCAGAAACCUGCCAGGGAUGGGCUGGGAUGGCGAGACCGAGAGGGACUUUGGACAUCCACUACAGAAUUCUCCCUAAAUAAGAAUGAUGCUCCUUAG